AUGCAAAAAUACGAAAAGCUAGAUAAGAUCGGAGAGGGCACUUACGGUACGGUGUUCAAAGCCAAAAACCGUGAAACUCUAGAGAUUGUUGCAUUGAAACGUGUGAGACUCGAUGAUGACGAUGAGGGUGUUCCCUCGUCGGCUCUGCGUGAAAUAUGUUUGUUGAAGGAGUUGAAACACAAGAAUAUUGUACGACUUUAUGAUGUUCUUCAUAGUGAUAAAAAAUUGGUACUCGUUUUUGAACACUGCGAUCAAGACUUGAAAAAAUAUUUCGAUAGUUUGAACGGAGAAAUCGAUCCUAAUGUUGUGAAAUCAUUCAUGUACCAACUAUUACGUGGAUUAGCAUUUUGCCAUAGUCAUAACGUCUUACAUCGAGAUCUUAAGCCACAGAAUCUUCUCAUAAAUAAGAACGGAGAAUUGAAACUAGCCGAUUUUGGUUUGGCCAGAGCUUUUGGAAUACCAGUUAAAUGUUACUCUGCAGAAGUUGUUACUUUAUGGUACAGGCCUCCUGAUGUUCUAUUUGGUGCUAAACUUUACACAACGUCUAUUGAUAUGUGGUCUGCUGGAUGUAUAUUUGCUGAGUUAGCCAAUGCUGGAAGACCUCUAUUUCCUGGUUCAGAUGUAGAUGAUCAAUUGAAACGGAUAUUUAAACUUUUGGGAACACCUACUGACGAGACAUGGCCUAACAUGACAACUCUGCCUGACUUCAAGCCAAUGCCGAUGUAUCAGCCUAAUAUGACACUCGUACAGGUAGUACCCAAAUCAACAACGAAAAUGCGAGAUUUAUUACAAAGACUUCUGGUAUGCAAUCCAUCGCAUAGAAUAUCAGCAGAACAAGCAAUGAGUCAUAUAUAUUUUGCAGACAUAAAUUUAUUACCAAAAUAA